AUGUCAGCACUGUUCAGAACCAUUGAGACUCCAAACGGUAAAACCCUGGAACAACCACUGGGUCUCUUCAUCGACAAUGAGUGGGUGAAAACAAACCGUACUUUUGAGACCAUUAAUCCGUCCACAGGUGAGGCGAUCUGUCAUGUUUACCGUGCUGGGGUCCAGGAGGUGAACGACGCUGUCGAAGCUGCAAAUAGAGCAUUUAGAAACGAAUCUUGGUCAGGUCUAACUGGUUCUCAACGUGGCGAUUUACUGUAUCGCAUGUACCAAGUUAUCAAAAGAGACGCCGAGAGCAUUGCAUCGAUUGAGUCCAUGGAUAAUGGUAAACCGUAUGCUGCAGAAUGCCUAGAUGGAGAUUUAGGUGAAGCUGCUGACGUUUUCAAAUAUUAUGCCGGUUGGGCCGACAAGAUCACCGGUGAACUCAUUGGCUCGAGUGUAUUAGGUAAGAAUAAGAUGUGUUAUGUCGAGCCUACACCACUGGGUGCCGUUGGCGGUAUAGUCCCUUGGAAUUUCCCGUUUACCAUGAUGGCAUGGAAAAUUGCCCCGGCACUGGCGACGGGUUGUACAGUGGUUAUGAAGUCAAGUGAAGUCACACCGUUGACGGCAUUAUGGUAUGGCAAGAUUGCACUUGAAGUGGGUCUACCUAAAGGUGUACUUAACAUCCUCUCCGGUUUUGGAUCGGAUGUUGGAUCGGCCAUGGCUUCACAUCCAAAGUUGGCUAAGAUAGCGUUCACUGGCUCAACUGCAACUGGUAAAAAAAUCAUGGAAGCAGCAGGUGGUUCCAACUUGAAAAAGGUUACACUAGAGUGUGGUGGUAAAUCUCCUUACAUUGUUUUUGAUGAUGCUGACUUAGAAUUGGCAGUAGAAUGGGCAUAUUGGGGUAUUUGGUAUAACAAAGGUGAGGUUUGUACUUCAACUUCGAGAUUUUUGAUUCAGGAAGACAUUUACGAUAAGUUUGUUGAGAGUUUUGUUGAGUUGACCAAGACGAGAGCAAUCACUGCUGAUCCGUUUGAUGAUAGAUGCACUAUCGGGCCUUUGGUUUCUAGCUCACAGUACGAAAAAGUCAAAAAGUACGUUGAAAUAGGUAAAAAUGAAGGAGCAAAGCUACUAACUGGCAAAUUCAUCGACGGGCCAGGCUAUUUCUGUGAGCCAUUUAUCUUCAGUGAAUGCACUGACGAUAUGACAAUCAUGAAAGAGGAAAUCUUUGGCCCUGUUGUGGGGAUUACUAAAUUCUCAACGGUUAAAGAGGCGAUCGAGAGAGCCAAUGCUACGACUUACGGUUUAGGAGCUGCGUUGUUUUCCUCUAACAUAACAAAGGCACAUUCUGUGGCUGCCAAGUUGGAGGCUGGAAUGGUGUGGAUCAAUUCUAAUGGUGAUUCUGAUAUCCACAUUCCAUUUGGUGGUUCCAAAAUGAGUGGUAUAGGUAGGGAGUUGGGGCCAUACGCACUAGACUUGUUUACUGAGAAAAAGGCAGUUCAUGUCAACUUAUCGCUUCCGGUCAAGUGA